AUGGGAAUUUCCAUAAUAUUUCGAAAACGAGAAUAUCGACAAAAAGAUGAACAAAGUGAAUUAGGUUUAUCAAAACAAGAAGUGGCUAAACAAGUUCAAACACAAUUAAAUCUUGAAUAUGUUGAACGAGCAUUUGAAACUAUUGAAAAUUCUAAUGAAAUUGAAGAAUUAUCACCUGGUCUUGGACGUUUAUUAGUUUUACAAGCUCGUUCUAUAUUAACAAUGAAAUCAGUUGUUCAAAAUUUAAAUGAUGAUUUAGAAAAACAUCUUAAAAUGAUAAGAGAAAAAUUAAUUCGUGAACAUCCAAUAAAAUCUAAAAUUAGUCGUUGGAUUCAAAGUAAAUUAUUUGAAGAAAGAAUAAAUUAUAUUCAUCAACAUGAAUGGGAUGCACAUCAAUUAUCAAUUGAUCAAUGUCAAGCAUUAGGAAAUCAACAAGUUGCAUAUUUUAUUCAACGAGAUUUUACAUUUCGAAAAGAUCAUGAACCAAUUCUUCGUCGUACUCUUAAACCAUCAAUUGAACCUUCGAAAACAAUUGAAUGUAGUCGAUCGAUAUGGUUGCCAAAAUAUUGGAUUGUCGAACGAACAUAUCCACUUCCAACAGAACGUAUUCCAACACCUUAUGCAAAAUAUAAUCUUCAACGAAAAAUAACUUAUUCAACAACAACAAGAUAUCCAUUUUGGCGAUGGAAAUUAUUUGCACUUCGUACAUAUUGUUGGCUUUUAAAUGCUAUUUAUACAUUUUGUCUUGUAAUUCCAUUUGCUAGUCCAGUUAGUUUUCGAGCUCUAUUAUCUCCAAGGCCAUUUAGACCUGAUUAUAAAUUUAAUCGAGAUGAUUUGAAACUUCAUGAAGAUCCAUCUUCAAAAACAGAAACAUUUAUUUCACGUCUUGCUGCUCUUUGGAAUCAUGUGAGACAAUCAAGACAAAAAUUCGAACGAGCACCUGAUCGAGCAAAAGGUUUUGUUGGUACUGUUGCCAUUUGUACUGUUUAUCCAGUUUCUUGUGUACUUCUUUCAACUGGCUCUUUUAUAUUAGGUGCUUUAUCACCUAUUUGGAUGCCAAUUCUAACAUUAUUAUUUCAUAUAGUUCAAAUUCUUGUCUAUGAUGCAAAUUCAGCUGGUGAAUAUGGUCGAAAAUUUUUUUGUCUUAUUAAUAUUUUAAUAACUGAUUUUCUACUCUGUGGUAUUGUACAACCAAUAUUAGUAUUGAUUGCAUUAGUUUUUAGUCCAAUAACUUCUCUUUUAAUUCUGAUUUAUGCUCUUCUACAUCGUUUUGCUGGUGGAUUGUAUGAUAUAAUAGUAUUUAAAUUGAUUAUUAAACGUUUAGCUCGAAUUCCUGCACAUGAUACUUUUCUUGCAAGACGUAUUGCUGGUCCAGGUUUAGCAGCACAAUAUUUUUAUCAAGUUUCAUCACCAGAAGUAUUAGCAGCAUUAGAAUCGUUAAUUGAACAAAAGGAAUUGAAGAUGUAUCGUUCAUAUAUUGAAGAAAUUUUAACGAAACCAAUUAAUGAAUAUCGGUUUGAUUUUAUUUUAUUGACUAAAAANUGUAAAACAAUGAAUGAACAAUCAUCUUCAUAUACAAUUUAUUAUCCAUCAUUUGAUCAAAAUAUUUUUAAUCCGAAUAAAUGUAUUCUUAAUAUAUCAAAAGAUUAUUCUGGAGAGCAUCGUGAAAAAGCUUAUGGUCGUGUAUAUCGAUUUUUUAAUCAUCAAGGUAAUAAUUUAAAACAUAUUAAAAAUUUAUCAAAAUUUAUUGACUGUACAUCAAUAACAUGUCAUUUUUCUAUACCAAUACAAUUACCUGAUUUAAUCUAUGUUAAUGUUAUUAUAUUUAAUCGUGAUAAUAAUAAUUCAAUAACAACAGCAUCAUAUAGAAAUAUAUCUCUUCAAGAUAUUCUUCAACUUAUUGCAUACAAUAAAAAAUUUCAUGAUGAACCUAUGUUACCAAUAAAUUCAUCAAGAAUUUCAUCUCCUACUACAAUGAAUAAUAUGACACAUAGGGAUUUAGUAUGA